AUGGCCAUGGGAGACAUCGACUGGAUCGCCAUUCAAGAAUCCAUGAGAGAAGCCGAAGUUGCCCCCGAGCUUCCCGAGAUGGGGGACCGCUACCCCGACUGGAUCAUGCUCGCCAGGCGCGCCUACAUCUCCGACCGCCGGAACGCGACCGUCGUGCACGGCCAGACCAGCGACGGCAAGCCCUAUCCAGCGACUACUUCAUCUACCGCGCCCACCCCAAGGACCCUUCGCUCGUCUGGAUCCCGGACCCCGAGCCCUACGCCCCUACCCCUCGGGCCUCGGCAACACCGGGAUUGUGCCCUGCGGCGCCAACCACUUCGCGUUAGCUGCUCUGUACUGGGACAAGGAUGUGUCAAGGAUGUGUUCAAUCUGGCUGUCUUCUCCUCCAGGACUGGGGCGUGGACGACCAGGGUGGCGCCGGUGGAGCCGUCUGAAUGGGUUACUAAGAACCAACUCGAUGUUCUAGGCUUCAGACCAACCAAGGUGAUCCCGCUGAAAGGUUCACUCUUGGGCUGGGUCGAUUUGUUGCGGGGCAUCAUGUUCUGCGAUAUCCUUUCUGAUGACCCCAGGCUUCACUAUAUCCCAAUGCCUGAACCGACGCGGGGCAAUGUUCAAUAUAAAGGUGACUCAGCAUUCUUCAGGGAUGUCAUUGGCUGUGGUGAGGUGAUCAAAUUUGUUGAGGUGGAGUAUGAUGCCGAUGAGGAUGAUGAGGAUGAGGAUGAACUUGUCUACAAAUGGGUUGCUGUGACAAGGAGCAGGAAGCUUGAUUCGACGGAGUGGGGAAGGGCACACGAGGUCAGCAGUGAGGAUGUAACAGCCUCUGAAGAUUUUCAUGGGUGGUCUGAUCUGUUGCCUGAUAAGCUAUGUGUCAAUGGCAAACCAAACUUGAAGAAAAUGCCGGUGGGCCUCCCAACUUUGUGUGAGUUUAACAGCGUUAUGUACUUGAUGUGCAAGCUUAUGUUUUGGCACAGCAAGGGUUGGGUGCUUGCUGUUGACACAGAAUCGAAGAAGUUGGAAUCUGUUGCCAGGUUUUCUGCAGUGAGCAUGCUUGGUUUCAUGACAGCCUACUAUCCAAGUUGGUUCUCAAAAUAUCUCAAUGACAACAGUACAGAAAUUGAGAUAAAUUCCCCAGUUUCUGAUUUCAUUGAAUCGCUUGCCCUGUACUGA